AUGGUGAAAAUCUCUCUUGCGCUCCUCAGCGCAGCUGUCGCCGUCUCGGCUGCCCAACCGCACGGUCAUCACCAGCACCAACACAUCCACAAGGCGCGAAAUGCCGAUGCCGCGCCAGACUAUGUGACUGUCCCUGGACCAUUGGAGGUUGUCUACGUCCUCAAUGGCCAGACCGUCUCCGAAUCGGAAGUCCAGCAAGGCAUCAAAAACGGAAGUCUGGUGUUUGCCAACGACGGGCAGCUCACGUCAAAGGCCCCGCCCUCGUAUAACCCACCGAAGACUUCUGCAUCAUCUUCGACCUCAACUUCAAGCUCGACUACCAAGGAGACGAAGCCGACGCCGAUGCCUUACAACCCGGUCUCUAGCGCCGCGGCGGCUGUCCACUCUGCGGUGUCGAAUAUUAUUCCAAGUUACGGCGGCGGAUCAGGUGGAGGCUGGGGCUCUGAUGCCACCGGCGUCGACGCAGACUUCCCCGACGGCGAGCUUGACUGCUCCACCUUCCCAUCUAAAUACGGAGCAGUUGCGGUCGAUUGGGCUGGCCUUGGUGGAUGGACAGGUGUCCAGAAGCCUGGCUCUUCCGCUGCUGGCGGUUACUCCAACAUUAUGACGGUCACCUCGGGAGGCUCGUGCACGGAGGGCUCAUACUGCUCAUAUGCGUGCCCACCUGGCUACCAGAAGUCCCAGUGGCCUACCACGCAAGGCUCCACAGGCCAGUCCGUUGGCGGUCUGAAGUGCUCAGGUGGCAAAUUGCACCUGACCAACCCAAGCAUGUGCGCCAGCCUGUGUAUGAAGGGCUCCGAGAAGGUGCAAAUUCUGGUGCAGAACAAGAUGACCAAGAACGUUGCCGUGUGCCGUACUGAUUACCCCGGUACGGAGAGUGAGACUGUUCCAGUCGAUGUCCCAGGAAACGGCGUUUCGAACCUGACCUGCCCGGAUGCGGACAAUUACUACACAUGGCAAGGUGGCAAAACUUCCGCCCAGUACUACGUCAACCCAGCAGGUGUUCCCGUCGAAAAGGCUUGCCAGUGGGGUGAUUCCAGCAACCCAUGGGGCAACUUCGCUCCUCUCAACCUGGGUGUCGGCUACAGCAACGGUGCUGCCUGGCUCUCCAUCAUGCAGAACGCACCCACGACCAACGCCAAGCUUGACUACUGUGUCGAGAUCAUCGGCGAUGGCGUUUCCGGCACUUGCAAAUACUCCAAUGGCCAGUACUGCGGCGGUGCUAACUACGACGACUGCAGCUCCACGACCGGCUGUACGGUCUCGCUCAGCUCAGGCACCGCAACGUUUGUGUUCAGCGACUCCUCGUAG